AUGGCGAAUGGAAUGUGUGCAGCAAUGGGAGAGAUGGUAGCGGAGGUUAACAUGGGUUUGUUAGCGGCUUGGCAUGUGGCUUAUAUUCACCGCACCACUACCUUGUUGCGUGGAAUAGGGGCGAUUUGUUUAAGAAGCAGCCUGAAUGAUUCAUUUAUAUACAUAAGAACUACUGCCAUUUUCCUCGUGCUCAGCGCUCUGUACGCGUAUUGGGAUGCCAAACAUUCGUUCCCUGUAUUUAAGGAGGCCUUGUAUGUUUUCCAGAUCACUGCAACCAUGGUGUCUACUCAACCUUUGUCCUAUGCCAUACCAGCUAUUCUCAAACCCCAGCGUGCCAACGGUAAUUGCACUAGAUAUCCCGUCCUCAUCUCUGCGCUGCCGGCUGUGAAAUGGCGGAGCUCGGCUGUUGGUCACUGUAGAGCCCUGCGAAGUAGUGCUGCAGUGAUGUUGUCGGUCACGCUCAUGCAAACGCGAGAAUGGCAGAGGGGUAUCGUCGGGGAGGAAGCAUUAGACUCGUUGAGUGGGUCGUGGCAAAAAAUAUCCGCCUCUUGCGGACUCCCUGUUGCUUCCUCUCCACUACAACGCCCUCACGCUAUACCCUACAUCUUGUCUUCCUCUCCACCCAGUCAAAAAUACUUCUCUUUACAGUCUAUUUCGUCCAUCAUCCCUACAAUGGACACUUUCUGCAACCCUCUCACAUACCACGCUGAAUCUGGGGACGGCGGCGCUGAGAUGGGUGAUGCCGCCCCAGUUGCAACUGCUGCCGCCUCUCCUCCUGCGCAGGCCCCAAUUCCUCCUCUCCCGGCCUUUGUGGCGACGCUAACGCCCGUUUCUGCAAACCCCGCCGCACCAAUUCACCAAUUCACCGGAAUUCUGACUCCUUUCCAAAUGCACGCCCGUAUUGUUCACAACCGCCACCUGGGACGGUAUUAUUCCCUCACCAUUCUUCCUGAGCCGUACACUACGUGGUCCCCCCUUCCCUCUCAUCGUGAGAUGGAGACGCGUCCGUGUUUCACGCCGGCGUCCCGCAUUCACCAGCUGGAAUGCGGACAUUUUGUCGCAGUACCGCGAGAUGCGGAAAGAUGCGCUGCUAAUUGCAAAGGCAUGCUAUCUCAGCUUCCCUCUGGCGAGAAACACCGCAUCCGGUCCAUUUUCAACCUGUGCGUCGCAGUCUCCGACUCCAUCCCUGGAUUGAAGCACACAUACCCCGGAAUGCCGCACAUGACGAAUUUGGUGGACGAGGCUAGCGGCGACUUCACCUGUGCUACGUGCCACCUCGUCGGACAACGCCAAACCUCCCCGGCACACAUAUUCCUUCCGAUGCACUGUAUAAUUGUUGUCCGUGAGCAGCAGGAUGCAGCAUUGGUGACAGAGUUGGAGCGUGGCGUGCUUCCAAUCUCCCAGCGCCUCCAGAAUCGCGCCCAGACCCAGAACCCUCGCGCAGGACACAGCAAUUCGUGCGGCUGUCGAGGAGGCCACCGUAGUGGACGAAGUAGGUGUAUAGGGGGAGGUAGAGGAGGGAGGGGUGCUGGGGUAACGAGAAGGAGGGUUGAGAAGGCGAGGAGGGAGGAGAAGAAGGAGGUGACCGGUAAGAUUCUGGAGGAUAACCUUCUCGAGGAGUGGCAGAAAAUGGAAGAACGGUGUAAAAUGCCCGGAGAUGCGAGGAAGUGGAGUCGUGUGACGCAAGUUCGUCGACGAAUUCUGACGGAUGUGAGAGGUAAGGAUAUAGCAGAAGAAUGGGCAUUCAAACAGGGCGUAUAG